CAACACGUGUAUUGUCGACCGUAUUUUACUCACGAAUCCAAAUCAAGCCCAAAACCCAAAACGCAAAACCAAAACAAUUAACAACACUCCUCUCACUACUCUCAUUCUACAGUUUCUACUUACUUUUACCUCGUCAGUCAAAAUAAUCAGUGACCGUUCAAUAAAAAUGGAAAAAAAAAAAUAUCAGUAGUGAGUAGUGACUGUUGAGUGAAAAUCACAAUGUUUACCAGUUACCACCUUAGCCGAAUUUCACCUCUCCGUCUCACUCUCACUCCCCCACCCCAAUCAACAAGUCCAACUCUCUUUAUUUUUAUUUUAUUUAAUACCUUUCCAAAAAUUAAAUUAAAAUAAUGAAACCCUUCUGUAACUAAUAAUACAAAAAUAAAAGAGAUAUUAGAGGAAAACAAAAUAAAAUAAAGAGGUUUGCCUUUUAUUUCUGCAAAAUUCAGAGAAAGGGUUGUCGCCUACACCUUUUUAUUUCAUUUUUCCUUUUCAUUAUUAUUAUUAUUAUUAUUUAAUAUUACAACAAUCCCCCCUUUUAUUUUGAUGGUGGUGCUUUGUGCCUCUUUUCCUUCUGCAACUUAAACCCUUUUUUUCCAUCUCAUCUUUUGUUUGUUCAAAUCCUCUGAGAAAAAGGGAGAAAGGGCGGACAUGUCAGGAUUGUACAAUCCCAAUUUCUCACCUGCCAGAGCUGCCUCUCCCCAGAUUAGGAGCACCCCAGAUGUUGACAGCCAGUACUUAUCAGAGCUCUUAGCAGAGCAUCAGAAGCUUGGACCCUUCAUGCAAGUGCUUCCGAUAUGCAGCCGCCUAUUAAAUCAAGAGAUUUUACGCGUUUCUGGAAUGAUGUCCAACCAAGGGUUUGGUGACUUUGACAGGCUUCGACAUAGAAGUCCUAGUCCCAUGGCUUCUUCAAACCUCAUGUCUAAUGUUAGUGGAACAGGAUUAGGUGGCUGGAAUGGGCUUCCCCAAGAGAGAUUAAGUGGACCCCCUGGAAUGACAAUGGAUUGGCAAGGUGCACCCGCUAGCCCUAGUUCUUACACUGUGAAGAGGAUUUUACGUUUGGAAAUUCCGGUAGAUACCUACCCCAAUUUCAAUUUUGUAGGCCGACUUCUGGGACCUAGAGGCAAUUCUCUGAAAAGGGUUGAGGCUACUACUGGCUGCCGUGUUUACAUUAGAGGGAAGGGGUCUAUAAAGGAUCCAGACAAGGAGGAGAAGCUAAGGGGAAGACCAGGCUAUGAGCAUCUGAAUGAACCCCUUCACAUUUUAAUUGAAGCUGAUUUACCUGCCAACGUAGUUGAUAUGAGGCUCAGACAGGCACAGGAAAUUAUCGAAGAAUUGCUCAAACCUGUGGACGAGUCACAAGAUUAUAUUAAGAGGCAGCAGUUGCGUGAACUCGCUAUGCUGAAUUCCAAUUUCAGAGAAGAGAGUCCUGGGCCUAGUGGUAGUGUCUCUCCCUUCAACACAAGUGGAAUGAAGCGUGCAAAAACAGGUCGAUAAGAGCUCAAAAUUAUUAUUGUUCUUGGUUCAUCUCUGCUCCAGAAAUUUAUGGCUGAGAAAGCCCUCCUUUACAUCAAAAUUUAUCACAGCUUAAAGAGAUUAUCAGGCUAACAGUGUUUGUUGGUGAGCUCUAUGCAUGGUGUGUUUUCUUUUAUGGUCUUUCUUACCUUAUGAACAGUAGACAGAAGAAAAUUGGAAGGGGCAAAAAAACGAAGCAAAAACUGAAUAUAUAUAUAUUCAUAUACUUGGUUAUUGAAUUUAGGUUUGGUGAGGUCAGUUUAUUGAUGUAAGUUUAAUACAUUAAUUGGAUUUAUUCUUGUGUUAGUGACAAAAUUUGUUAAGUGUGGAAUAUAUAUAUGUAUAUAUACAUAUAUAUAUAUAUUUAUAUAAUAUUUUUAGGUAGAGAGAGGAUCGCUUUUGUAGGUAUAUAUUUAUUCAUUAUUAUGCUCCAUAUUCUUUAGUUUUUGGUUUUGACUGUAUGUAAGAAAAGUCCGAAUCUAUUAUUCUGUUUCUAUUUACAAGUAUUUAAUUUUUGUCCUU